CCCGCUGAAGCAAAUGGUCCGCUUUCAGAAGUAAAAUAUUACUAUUUUUUUUUUUUUUUUUUUUUUAAUUAUUAUUAAAUUUUGUUUAACACAGUGCUGUAUAUGGCUCUAUAUUCAUAUAGGCGUCCAUGCGUGCCCGUCGCUUGUUAUUACAUAGUUUUAUUUUGUUAUAAAAUAAUGUAGUACACCGAGCUCAUGUUAAGCUUUCGAAAUGUAUGGUCAUCAACAAGGAUAUGACGUCAGACGUUGACGAAAAUAUGAUCCAAAGACAUAGAAGCCUGGUGAUUUCGAAUUCCAAACCAAACAUUCGAGAUGGGCAGGCCAGAGAAAAGAAAACAGGAACUGAAAAUUGCAUCCAAGAGAUGUCAAUCCCUGGAUAAAUUCUUUAACAAUAAACGACCACGACCAAGAGAAGGGCAAACCCAACAGGCACCACGAGAAGAACGCCCGACUCCUGACGAAAAAAGUAAUCCAUCAGAAUCGCCAUCAGGGUCUGCUAGCGAAGGAUACAAAGAAGAAUCCCAAACCAAGACACCUACUGCAACAAUUAACGAUAUUGGACAUAUCAUUACUGCAACAAUGUCAGUACUAGAUAUUAAAAAAGCAAUUGAAGGACUCUCUGAUGGAGAAAAAUAUACACUAAUCAAACACCAUAGCCAGCCGUCCGAAACAUAUACAUUUCCUAUAAUAUAUGUUGGUGGCUGUAACCGCAGUUUUAAACUCAGCUGGUUGAAGGAAUAUCAAUGGUUAGUUUAUAGCCAAAAACUCGAUGGUGCCUUUUGCAUCAUGUGUUCACUUUUCUGUAUGAAUCGAGAAGGGAAAGGGCAAUUUGUCAAUCGGCCAUUUAUAAAUUGGCAAAAGAAGUCCGAAAAGUGCAAAAGCCACGAAAGCAACGAGUACCACCAAGAGGCAAUGCAAAUUGCAGACACGUUCAUCAAAAGUAUUGAAAAUCCUAAUGCCACUAUUCCAAUUUUGAUGGAAAACAAUAGGUCAAAGAACAUUGACAAAAACCGAGAAAUACUUCGAUGCAUUGCAGAAGCAAUUGUGUAUUGUGGCAAGCAAGGUAUAGCAUUACGUGGGAAGAACGAACACUUGGAGGAUGAGAAAACAAACCCGGGAAAUUUUCUCUCCUUGAUCAAGGUACUGGCUAGGUAUUGCUCAACCUUACAUGAACAUUUAAUGGAGCCACAAAUGAAAUGUGUCACUUACUUGUCACCACAAACACAAAAUGAGUUACUCGAUGUUAUAGGCAAUCACAUAAUUCUCGGUGACCUUGUCCAAGAGAUAAAGACAGCACAGUUCUAUAGUAUCAUGGCGGAUGAGGUGACAUCUCAUAACACUGAACAGCUGGCUCUGUGCGUCCGCUUCGUGGAUUCAGAUGAAAAUAUUAGGGAGGAGUUCAUACAAUUUUCAAAAGUGAUUCGCACCACGGGUGAAUAUCUGGCCAAUGAGAUCAUUCACAUACUGGAAAACCUUGGUAUACCAUUGAAAGAUAUGCGUGGUCAAGGAUAUGAUGGGGCGAGUAACAUGUCAUCUGGUCGAGUUGGCGUCCAGGCUAAAAUCCGAGAGCAUGCUCCAUUAGCAACAUAUGUGCACUGUAGUGGCCAUUGCUUAAAUCUGGUUAUAAGUCACGCCUGUAACAUACCAGAAGUGCGUAACAUGAUCGACAAACUUAAGAACUGUUGCCUUUUUUUCCGAAAUAGCCCAAAGAGAAAUGAACUUCUUGAGUUGAUUACAGCGAUUAAAGUCGAGAACCAAACAAGGAGAAAAACUUUAAUUGAUCUCUGUCGGACCCGAUGGGCGGAGCGCCAAAAUGCCUACCAACACUUUUACCAGUGCUAUUUCUUUAUUGUUGAUGCCCUACAGGUGAUCGGCUACAAGAUGCAUCUUGAAGAAUACAAUGGUCUACAUGAAGGUUUUGCAGAAUUGUAUUGGGAUUGGAAAACACAGACCCGCAGUGAUGCGCAGCAGUUGCUCACUGGUAUAACAAGUUUUGGCUUUAUUAUAGUUUUCCUCACAGUCUACCAAUAUCUCUCACAUCUUUCUGGACUUACUGUUCAGCUCCAAAGCUCCUCUCUGGAUAUUAUUCAUGCAUAUAAUGCCGUGAACGAUAUUAAAGAUAUCUACAAGAAAGAGCGCCAUGACGUUGACAGUAAUUUCGAAUCUGUAAUUUUCAAACAGGCAGAGAGAAUGGCAGCAAAAGUGGGUGUUGAGCCCAAUAAGCCAAGGGUCAGUGGGAGACAGAUAUACCGUGCCAAUAAUGCUGCAAGUAGUACUGUACUGGAACACUACAAACUGAACUUGGCAAUUCCUUUCUUGGAUCAUGUGUGUGAAAAUUUAAACUCUAAGUUUUCUGGACUGGCUAAAACUGCAAUUUCACUGCUAGGACUAGUACCAUCUAUACUUUGUGAAAACAACAUGUCGAUUGACGAAAUCCUACGUAUGUACAACGAGGAUCUCCCAUCACCCGAGGUGACCGACCUAGAAUUGAAACGUUGGAAAAUGCGAUAUGAAAAUGUGUCACCUGAGAGGAGACCUUCUACUCCAGCUGCUGCGUUGAAGGAUUGUGAUGGAACCCAUUUUCCUAACAUAAAAACUCUUCUCAGGAUCGCAUGUACUAUUCCAGCAACCUCCUGUGAGUGCGAACGAAGUGCAAGUUCAUUAAGGCGUUUACAUUCAUAUGCGAGGGCAACGAUGGGGCAAGAACGCCUGUCUGCAUUGGCACUCUUGCACAUUCAUUACGAUAAGGAGAUUGAUCUUGACCGUGUCGUGAACGUGUUUGUACAAUGUCAUCCAAGGCGUCUUGAACUCUCAUCGAUAAUUAAACCAUAAACCAGUUACGAUCUA